GCAAGUGGCAGUGGCAGCCACUGGGUGAGCCUGGUGGGGCAAGUCUGCAUCCAUCAAAUAGCAGCUUUUUCCUGAGAAAAUCAUGAUUCCUCAUGGGUACCACUGGCAGUGAGGGUGUCGGACAUGGGGGCCUUCCUCUGCCCCCGCUGCCGCUUGGCGUUCCGAUCCCGGCCGCUGCUGCGGCUGCACCUGGAGAAGCUGUGCCUCGGGCCCCCGGCACCCGGCAGCUCCUGCCUCCAUGGGGGGAACCCUCUGCCUGCGGAGGGAGCACAGGGCACGGCAAGGAAACCACAGGACAUCUCGGUCCCCCAAAAUAUGGACGUGUCCCAAAAUAUGGACGAUGCUGAGCCACUCCAUCACUUUAUGCUUCGCGGGGUCCCACCAGCUGUGCGGGGACAGCGGGGAGCAGGGCGGGGAGCUCCCCUGGGGGAUGUGCUCACCCCCCGUGAGAGAGCCCUGCUCCGCACGGCCGACCCCGCUUCAGGGAGGCUGCCAGUGGAGGAAGAGCCCCCCCGGCAGCCGCUCCCGCUGCAGGGGCCCCGGCAGCCGCCGCAGGAGCUGCUGGAAGCCCACGAACGCCAGGUGGCCGCGAUCCGGGCCCGGACCCAGCAGCUGGAGCGGCAGAGAGAGGGGCUGUGCCAGCGCCUGGCGACGCUGGAGGCCAGGGCACCUCUGGGCCCCCAGCCCGAGCAGGGGGAGCUGGAGCCGAGCCAAGGCCCGCGGGACCAGGCGGGACAGGUCCGAACAGCAGAGCACAGAGCCACGCUCCGCCUCGACACCCUCCUGCCGCCCGCGGGGCCGCUGGCGGCCGAGGCCAGGGCGCUGCGACUGUCCUACCUGCGCUCCGGGGGACACGACCCCGCCGUCCUGGACCAGCUCCUCCACCUCCAGCUGGAGGCCACGGCGCUGGAGAAAGGAACCGCGGGGCUGCGCGGGGGCAGGCGGAUAGAGCCCCCCAGCCCUGGCACACACGGUCUGGAUGCGGCGCUGCUGGCCGUGGAGCUGGAGAACCGGCGCCUGGAAGAUGAACUGCUGGCGCUGAAGGUCAGAAGGGAGAGGAGAGCAGACGCUGGCUCACGGGCAGCCCAGCGGCACACAGAGGAACUGGCCCAGCUCCAGGCACAGGUGGGAAUGCUGCGAUGCCACGCGGAGCAGAUGAGGCCAUGGCUGCACGCCCCUGUCUUCCCACACCCUAUAGCUCCCCCACUGCCACCAGCCCUGGCUGUGCCAGGACUUCUCAUGGAGCCCCCGGGGCCAGCACUGGGGCCUGGCAGGCCCACAGGCCACGUGCCCCCUGGCCUCCCCCUCACCCCGUUUGUGGCCCUGGAGGACCCUCCUCCUGCUCAGGAGCCCUCAGCACAGGACAGGGCAGCCCAAAGGUGAACCAGAAAUAGGCCAUGGCCCCACUGGACUGCCUUGCCACCCCCUCCACCACCACCUUCAGCAGCAAAAUGGGGCUUCAGUAACUGUUAGGUUGAUGAAGGGAUGGCAAAACCUGUGUUUGAGCUGCAGAGAUGAGUUUAGGCACCAGCUGUGCAGCUGAUACCAGGAUCCCACAGUGCACCCCAGGGUACAACUGUACAGAUCACUGCUGGGACCAAAGAGGCUCCAGGCAUUUGAGCAGGAAAGGACAGGCAAAUCCCCAAGCCAGCAGCAAACUGAGUUACAAAACUCAGCGUCCACCUCAGGAGGGAGCCCACACCCAGAGUGGUUCAACCACUCCAGCUCACAAUGUGGUUUGAGGACAGGCAGAGGGCACAGAGGGGCACAAUAAAUUCCCUGCCCUCAGAUACAUCCCCAUAUGCAGCCCUCUCUCUGUAAGGAAAGCCCAGCCCAGGGCAUGCACAGCUCAGCCCUGGGAACCAGCAAAAGCCACAGCCAUCUUUCCAAAGCAUCAGAGGCUCUGUGAUACAUGUUUAAUAAAAGGCUUCAGCUCAUU